AUGUUAACAGAUUUGAAAAAGAUUUUAACUUUGGAAAAUGUCUUAGUUCGUGCUAAUUUGACAGCAGUAGUAGUAAAAGUAGAAAAAAGUAGAGAAAUUGAUUGUGAUGGUAUCACUGAAACUGAAGAAGAGAUAAUGAAAGACAUUGCUCGUUCUUGGUUCACUAAUAUUGUUGAUAGUGUUAACGAAGAGGUUGGCGAUUAUGACAGCAGCAAUAAUCGAAUAAAAGGAAACAACUAUCAUCAACGAGGGCAUUAUUUUAUUUUCUACGAGGAUGGCAAAUUUAAUAAACCAGUAAGUAAAUUUGUGGAUGUCUAUACUUGCAUCGGUUGUGGAGCAAAAGAACAAGGCUAUACAGAGUUGCACGAACAUUAUGAUAUUGACGAAAAUAAUACUUCUGAUAAUUUACAAACAAGCAAUAAAUCUCAGAGUGGAGAAGAAGUUCCAGUCUCAAUGCAAAAAUAUUGA